AUGCUAAACAUGACGUCCCAACCAAAGAUAUUAAUUUACUGGCCACUUAAUCCUCGUUCUUUCAUAUUUCCGUUCUUUGACUUGGAGGAAAAUGAUGGAGAGCAGAAGAAUUCAUUUCUAUCAUUACCAUUGGAUCAACAAUCUCCACACGAAGAACAUGAUCAGAGGACCGAUUCAUCCUCAUCAUCAUCACUGGAUAAACCAUGUCGACUUUUUUCACUUGCUGAAAUCAAAUUGGCAACCCAUGAUUUUGAUGAUGCAUUUGUAAUCGGAAAAGGUGGCUUUGGGAAGGUAUACAAAGGUAAGAUUGAGUUUGGGGAAGAAGGAAUUGAUGUUGCCAUUAAGAGGUUGAAUCUUGAUUCAAAUCAAGGAGUAACCGAGUUCAAGGCAGAGAUUGAGAUGCUUUCCAAGUUUCGCCAUAGUCACAUCGUCUCUCUUUUAGGAUACCAUGAAGGAUCCGAUAAAAGAGAGAUGAUUCUUGUUUAUGAAUACAUGCCGAAUGGAAGUCUUGAGGAUCAUUUGCACAAAAGAAGAGCUAAGUACGGAAGUAAAUGUUCUCUGCUGACAUGGGUCCAGAGGCUCAACAUUUGCAUAGGUGCUGCUCGUGGUUUGGACUACCUUCAUUCAGGUACAAGUUUGCAAUCUACAGUCAUACACCGUGACAUCAAGAGCUCAAACAUCCUACUAGAUCAGAAUUUGGCUGCUAAGAUUUCCGACUUUGGUUUGUCCACAAUUGGUCCAGCAAAUCAGGUGGGCACCACUAAUCUUUAUACCAAUCAGAUCAGAGGCACAUUUGGAUACAUAGAUUCUGAGUAUUACACGACUCACAGAUUGACACGAAAGUCUGAUGUGUAUGCAUUUGGUGUGGUGUUAUUGGAAGUGUUGUGUGGUAGACCUGCUCUGGAUUUUACAUUGGGUGAGGAGCAACACAGCCUAGCUGUAUGGGCCAAAGACUGCAUCAAAGAAGGUAAGAUCGAUCGAAUCAUUGAUCCAUGUUUGAGGGGGAAAAUCACAGCUAAUUGUCUGAAGGAAUUUGGGAGAAUUGCAUCUGAAUGCAUCCUUACUCGUUCAAAGGAUCGACCCACAAUGACUAAGGUAGUGGCUCGGCUUGAAUUUGUGUUAACUUUGGCGUCACAAAAACACGGUGGGGCAACAAUUGCUGAAAAGGUGUGGUCGUUGUUCCCUCUCAAAAUUCCAGUAAAUGGUAAAAAUUACAGACUUAGAAAAAAGUGGAGCGAUUACAACAAAAGUAAACGGAUCAUACUAGAUAAAGAUAUGACAGAAGGGAGCAAUGAAGGUAAAGAUAACAGUGUCAUUGUAGUAGACCCCACUAAGCCAGCAGCAGAGGGGAGCAAUGGCACUAUAAACAAACGUGUCAUAACGGAAGAACCCAUUAUGACUGCAGAAGAAAGAAGCAGCAACUGUAUAAAAGAAGGUGGUGCUAUUAUAAAUAAACUCGCUACCACAACAGUAGAAUGUCAUGACACUAAGGCUCAGCCAUCAAGUAGUCAGAUGGGGACACAUAAUUUGAUGAUAUUCACAUUUGAUGAGGUAAAGAGAGCUACCAGGAAUUUCCUGCCAUCAGAAUUACUUGGAGUUUCGGAUGGUGCCUCAGUCUAUAAAGGGUGGGUGGAGAGUGCAUCGUAUGCACCAUCAGUGUUAGGUGUGGGGAUAGCCGUUGCGAUCAAGAUUUCAAAUACAGAUAACGCUCGAAGUCACAAAGAGUGGCAGGCAGAACUAAAGCGGGGAAGGGUUAGCCAUCCCAAUCUUGUUAAACUCUUGGGGUAUAGUUCAGAAGGCAGAAUGGGUGUGCUCAUACACGGAUACAUACCAAACAGAAACUUCCUAGACAUUUUUCACCGUCGUCGAGUUGCAUGGGAUAAAACAAUGAAAAUUGCCAUUGGAGUAGCCAAAGGCCUUGCUUUCUUGCAUACUGACAAGAGGACCCCUCUAUAUAGGACUUUCAAUCCUUCAAAUAUUUUAUUAAAUGAGGAUGAUGAAGCACAGCUCUAUUUUGGAUGGGCAUCAUUAUCCCGGGUUCGUGGAUCAUUUUCCACCACUCGUUACAACCCUCCUGAGUACAUGGCUACAGGUUGUUGGUAUGUCAGGAGUGACGUCUAUGCCUUUGGAGUGACGAUGUUGGAUAUGAUAGCAGGGUUAGGGUUUCUGGAUAACAAGCAGUGCUCCUCACCCGAGAGUUUAAUGGAGCGGGCUACACCCAUUUUAUCUGAAAAUUACAUACUGCAAAAAAUCUUCGAGAAGCGGUUGGGACAAGGUAACACUCCGAAAGGAGCAAUCAAAGUAGCUGAGCUCAUCCUAAAUUGUCUCAAAAUCGCCCCAAAAAACCGACCUUCAAUGAAAGAAAUUGUGGCUACCUUAGAAGGGAUUAAUGCCAUUGAGAUAAGAUGAAGCUCCCAAAUACAUGGCGGUAAGUCAAAUACUCAAAAGACUAGAGACAAAGAGCAAAAAUUGGUGUUAAACUUGCAAAAAUCCAUUAAUAGUUGGCAAUAGAUAUAGCGAUGGAGAGUACUGCUCGAUGGUAGUUUUGACAAAUGGAGUUAAAUGAUCGGUUGGUAAAUUAGUAGAUUCACCAAUGGUGUUGCAUCCAUUGGUGUUUUUAAGGAUUCAACAACUCAAUGUAAAUAUUUUUUGUAGAACCUUUGUAAAUAUCUUAAAGUUGUCCAUUCAUUUACUUGACUUUGUACAUCAUCACAUUAUUUUACACAAACACACACUUUUAUAUGUUCC